AGCCCCUGUUUUUCUUCCCCAGGGACCCAAGCGGCUCUAAAUCCAACACAUGCCCUUUGAAGCAAGUUAAAGGAUUUACUAUGAAGCACAGAAGCAGAUAGUGCCAAGUAGCAAGCAGUAGUAGUUACCCAUUUCUGGAAAAGCAGUGUCCGUGUUGUUAUGUCCACCUCCAAAAAGAGUUCAGAUCUGUAGGGGAAGCCUUGUGUAAAGUAAACUGAACUGCAGGGUAGCAGUGUUGUCCUAGCUAUUGUAGGUGGGUCUGUACUGUGUUAACAUGAGUAAAAGAACGAGCAGUGACACACCGCUAGGAAGGGUGAGUGGGGCAGCAUUUCCUUCUCCCACUGCUGCUGAAAUGGCGGAAAUUAGUCGCAUCCAGUAUGAGAUGGAAUACACCGAAGGUAUCAGUCAGCGAAUGAGGGUCCCAGAGAAGUUAAAAGUAGCACCACCGAAUUCUGACCUAGAACAAGGAUUUCAAGACGGCUCUCCAAAUGCUAGUGUGAUAAUGCAGGUUCCAGAGAGGAUUGUUGUGGCAGGAAAUAAUGAAGACAUUCCAUUUUCAAGACCAGCAGAUCUUGACCUUAUUCAGUCGACUCCCUUUAAGCCUCUGGCACUGAAAACACCACCACGUGUUCUUACGCUAAGUGAAAGACCCCUAGACUUUCUAGAUCUAGAAAGACCUGCUCCAACGCCUCAAAAUGAAGAAAUGCGGACAGUUGGCAGGCUAAAGAGAGAGCGCUCUAUGAGUGAGAAUGCUGUCCGCCAGAAUGGACAGCUGAUCAGGAACGAUUCCAUGUGGCACAGAUCAGAUUCUGCCCCAAGAAAUAAAAUGUCAAGGUUCCAGGCACCGAUUUCUGCACCGGAGUACACUGUGACGCCAUCGCCUCCACAGGCUCGGGUCUGCCCUCCCCAUAGGUUCCCUGAAGACGGAGCGCACCUCUCCUCCGCCCGAGGCAUUUUGUCGCUUAUCCAGGCCGCCACGCGCAGGGCCUACCAGCAGGUCUUGGAUGUGCUGGAUGAGAGCCGCAGUGUAAGAAGACAAAGUGAAAUGCGUUGUGAAAGACCUGUGUUGCGUGGUGGGUGUGCUGCCGCCACUUCUAUUCCUCAUCAUGACAACGUCAGGUACGGCAUUUCAAAUAUGGACACAUCCCUUGAAGUUGCUUCAGAUGACAUGACGGUUGUAGAUGCAGCUUCCUUAAGACGACAGAUAAUCAAGUUGAAUAGACGCCUGCAGCUGCUCGAGGAGGAGAACAAAGAGCGGGCCAAGCGAGAGAUGGUCAUGUACUCCAUCACAGUCGCCUUCUGGCUGCUUAACAGCUGGCUCUGGUUUCGCCGCUAAAGGGAAUCCCAGCGCUCAAAGAGAUUUGGCUCAACAGCGAGAAGUAUAAACAAUUUGCAAACGUCUUUGUUUCUGUCUUUGCAUUGAAUGCCGUUUUAUAUAGUCCGUUCCCUGAAAAUGUGUUUCUCCCGGAGAGGCAGGAUGGCCCGGUUUGCAGCAGUAAAAGUAGCCUGUGUCACCCCACCACGGUGUCCUUGGAGCCGGCCCUGCAGGAACACCUGUGUACCCUGCCCCCAGCCCGUGCAUGUUCUGUAAAUAGGUUCCAUUGUGUGCGUGAGAGGCCUCGAUCUUCGCCUACUCAGCCCUCAAGACUGAUUCUCUAAACGGGAGAAAGGGUGCACAGAGGAAGGAUGGAGGAGAGGAUCUGAGAAAGGGCAGCUCUUUUCUUUGUUUUUUAUUCUCAGACAGUGCUUGAUCAAACCUAUUUGUUACUGCCCAUUACUGUGUCCCCAACCCAGCACUAACGCGCCUGCAGCCCUGGUCUCGGGCCAGAUGGAAGGAAACCAAGUCCCCCCAGGUCCCCUGGGCGUCUUCAGUCGGCACCUGGACCGCGGAAAACCCAGUGAUCCCUGACCUGUCAGCGGCUUGUCUAGGGGGCAGUGCGUGCUGUCUUGUUUUAGUUCUGCAGUUGGUUUUCUCUGUGAUGCGUUUCUACUCGGCCCAGGUGUGAAUGAUUUUACGAUCUGCGGAAUAAGGUACAAUUGUAGUGUAUUUAAUAAACUGGUCCUCCAAAGCA